AUGUUUACUCCCGUCGAAUCCUCAUUGGGUGCCAUAUUCAUCCAAUAUGCCACCGGCUCCUACAUGGCAACCGAAGGUAAAGGUGUUGGCUACUCCAGCACUCUCUAUGGUGCGGCUACAAAACCUAAUGUCAACAACGGGUCAAUUGUUGCCGGAACACUUUUAUCAUGUGCCUUCGUCAAGAAGUUGCUUCCUGCUUUCAUUCCAGAGUACCCAAGCUCUAACAGCAACAAAGCUUCAGAUCUAGGCUCUACAUCCAACUACUGCACAUCAGGAUUCUUGAUUGGCUUGGGAUCAUCGCUUGGCCAUGGUUGCACAUCCGGACACAUGAUCUGUGGUGUCAGCAGACUCAGAUGGAGAUCCAUUGUUGCAACCUUUGUUUUCACCAUCACUGCUGUCAUCACCAGAGCUAUUUUGGAUCACAAUGCUCCAGCUGAGGCAGUUGGUGAGGCAGUUGUCUCUGCUUCAUCGUACGAUAGCAACUUCACCGUGUUCAACGAGAACAAAACAGCACUUCUUAGUCUUCUUGCUGCCGGCUUCGCCAAUUCGUAUUUGCUCUUGCCAUAUCUCCUCAAGAAGAUCAAGGCUAAGCAUGAUGAAACAUGGACUCUGGUUGGAAGAUUCCUAUCGGGUCUUUCGACAGGAUUCCAGUUUGGUCUUGGCUUGAUCAUCUCCGGCAUGGCUUCAAGUUCAAAGGUGUUGGGCUUCUUGUCGAUUUUCAACAAGGACAAGUUCGACCCAUCACUCCUCGCCAUCCCUAUUUUCACGAUCUUGCCAAACAUCCUUACCUGGUCUAGCACUGUUCCAACAAACGAGUCCGAAUUGAUUGAGAAGAAGCCAGUCUUCGAGAACAAGUAUGACUUGAACUUCAGCAACGAGAUCACCUACCCAUUCCUUGCAGGAAAUGCCAUAUUUGGUGUCGGCUGGGGUAUGUCUGGUAUUUGCCCAGCUCCCGGUCUCAUUGGUCUCUUCUUUAAUGGAAGAAACGGUGCUUACUGGAUUCUCUCCUUCCUUGCUGGACAAUUCACUGGAAAACAGAUCGAGGCUUAUCAAAGCAAAAGCAAGACAACCACUUCCAGCACCAAAGCAAAGGUCAACUAA